AAAACAAAAAAGCAACAAUUCCAGUUUAAGUUUUGAACUCACCAUCAAACUCAGAUAUAUUCAUUCGGUGCAGCCAAGGAUCAAUACCGAAUUCCACAUUACACUGUUUGCCGUUUCUUCCACGUUGUCGUUCCAUUAAAAUAUAUAUAAAAAAAGAAUAAAAUACCCCCAUCAAUAUGUCAUGCAAGAACUGUCCACCCUACAAGAACUCCGAACUGGGCGUCUUCUUUCCCGACUGCUUCGAACGCGUCAGCGGCCAUUGCAACAAGAAGAAUCCCGGCAAUGUGCAGAAUCUGCACAUCCUGGCCCAUCGGGUCAUGCCCAAAUUCUUCGAUGGCAUCGAGCUGGACUACCUGCACCGGUUGGCGCCCAACAAGUACAUCACGGCCGCCUGGGUUCUCAGCCACAUCAGGGCCUCUGGUUUUCGAUUCGGCGGCCUUUACACCUUCCGCGUCCAAGAUGAUACAAUGUACACCCCAACCAUUAUGGGCGACAUACAUCCCACGACGCUGGCGGCCAACCUGAAUAUCCUGUACUAUCCAUUCCAGUGCCUUCGCAUGGAGGCCAUUAUGCAGAAGGCCAAUGAGGCUGCUCAGGUGGAGAGUCAGUAUACGAUCGAGUGGACAAGGCAAUGCGAUACGUGGACCGCCAACUUCUAUAAUGUCCGGAAUGAAAACGGACGAUGCACGCUGUCCGUAAUGAGAUCGGUGUCCGCCCAUUGGGCCCUCGGCGGAGAACUUCUUCUGGAGUGGAACGAACCCCAGAAACUGACGCCGGAUCUGGCCCUUGCAGCUCGUUACUCCCACUAUAACUAUUCCCUGGCUGCCACCGCCUCGAGACAGGGUCUGGAUGUUAGCUAUUGGCAGCGCAUUCAUCCGCAAAUUCAGAUGGCCAAUCUCCUGGCCUGGAAUCGUAAUACCCGAAAGACCAUAGCCACAAUAUGCUAUCAAUGGAACUUCUGGAACUCGGCCGUCCAUGGAAUGUUCGACUCGGAUGCCUCUGUGGGCUUUAUGUGGACCAAAUAUCUAAGGCACUUGCCGUUGCAAAUGGGUUUCAGUGUGGUGAUCAACCUGCCCACAGAUCGAUUUGCCUUCGGCAUGCGUUUUGUUUUGGAUCCGAGUGGCUUGAGACGUGGCGAAUAAUUGUAUGUUACUGUAAUUCUUUUAUUUUAUGUACUACCAAAUUAUCUAUUGCAAGUCUAAGUCCAGAGUUCAGAGAAUUACAAAUUUGCUGUUGGGAAAACUUUAAAUUCAUCAGAAGUUCCAAAGA